GAUAAAUUCCCGCAAAACACGAUUAUUAGAUGGAUUGCCUAAUUCAUAUGAAAUACUAAUUCAUGAAAUAUAAACAUCCAUUUUCUGUGAAAGCGAACAAAAUCGCUGAUUUAAAGUAAAAUAUACGAUGCCUCCCAAAGCUAAAAGACAAUCUAAACAUGACAGUCUGAAACAACCGGUUCUGUCUAAGUUUUUUAACGCAAAUCAUAAUUUUUCUGAGAAGAGAGCACGGAGUGUCGUUGAGAUAAUUGACAGCGAUGAUGAGAAGGAAUGUGAUGAGACUUUGACGCCGGAAAGAAAGAAACAGAAAAUCAGCACAGAAAAUGAGCAAGGACUUUCAAAACAUGAACAAAGUUCAGUUGGAUUAAAGGAAGUAGUGAAUAGAGCAAAACAGAAGUUACUUAAUUUUGCCUGUGAAAGUAAUCAGAAUGACUCUAAAGGGACGGAGGCCAUUAAUCAGUUUGACUUCUCCAUUCUAAAAAGGAUGAAACAGGACAAGUCUGAUGAAAUAAGUACAGCACAAACUGGUGAUGAAAGUGAAGUUGGUAAAAAUGUGAAAGAAAAGCUCAAGUCUUUUUCCCCUGUAAUAAAAGCCAAAAAAGAUGUUUGUUUGAGGUCUGGUGAUGGAAGGGCUGUCAAGUAUACUCCGUUGGAACAGCAGUAUAUGGAGUUUCAGGAACAAUGCCCAGAUGCUGUGCUUGCUGUUGAAUGUGGAUACAAAUACCGCUUCUUUGGAGACGAUGCCAAGACAGCUAGCAGUGUGUUGAAGAUAUUUAGCCAUGUAGACCAUAACUUCCUGACUGCCAGUAUACCAGUCCAUAGGCUCCAUGUACAUGUGCGACGGCUUGUGGCUGCUGGACACAAGGUUGGGGUUGUGCGUCAGACAGAAACCGCUGCAUUGAAGGCUGCUGGAGCAAACAAGAGUGCCCCGUUCACAAGGAAAUUAUCUGCCAUCUACACUCUGUCCACCCUCAUUGGCCUUGAAUCAGAUAGUACAUCAGGGGAAAUUGACCUUGAAGACCCAGUUUCCAUGGCAACCAGUUACCUUGCCUGCAUCUGUGAUACAGGUCCACAGGAAAGUGGCAGGCUCACAACUAUUGGCUUCAUUGCAGUGCAGCCAACAACAGGUGAUGUUGUGUAUGACAGUUUUGUUGACACAGCAACAAGGUCAGAGCUGGAGACACGACUAGGGCACCUGCAACCUGUGGAGGUCAUCGUUCCUCAGGAUGUUUCCAUGGAAACACAUAACCUUCUUAACACACUGCACUCUCACUGGGAAAGUGGAAUGGGUUCCAUGAGAAUAGAGCGGAAGUCGUCAGAGAUUUUCAAGAAGACAACAGUGUUAAGGACUGUCAGUGACUUCUACAAAAUGUCGACAGACCUGCAAUUUGUGUUGGGGCUCCCUGAUUGUAUACAGAGCUGCCUGUCCGCCCUCAUCCAUCAUCUGGGAGACUUCCAGCUACAAGAUGUUCUAGUGGAUACCAGCACGUUCACGCCAUUCUCUGGUCUAUCUGACACCAUGCAGCUGGACAGCUGUGCCCUGCGACAGCUUGAAGUCUUCCACAACCAGACAGACGGACAGGAGAGAGGCUCUCUCUUUAAUGUUGUGAACCACACCCUUACCAAGCCUGGGGCGAGAUUGCUGCGCUCUUGGCUAGCAAAACCAUCUACCUCAUACAAUGAGAUUAUGUUGCGGCAGGAAGCAGUGCAACAUUUAGUAGAAUGUGGCCCUGAGUUGUUAGACAGGUGGACACAACUGCUUACUCAGUUACCGGACAUAGAACUGAAGCUGACGACUUCCUUUCUGAAAAAGAUUAGCCCAGCAGACUUCAUAGCGCUGUGCGAGAGUCUAAGGCGACUGAAACAAGGUUUCACCGGCCUUCAGUCUGUGUCAUUUGGAAGCGUUACCUCAACAAGGCUUCUAGAUCACAUGGAUCAGGUGCCCAAGUUGUUGGAUGAUGUUGAGCAGCUCACCAUCAAUCUGGAUCAUAAGGCAGCAAAAGAGAACAAGAAGAGUGAGUUGUUUCUGGACACAUCCUCCUAUCCUGGCUUAAAGAAAGCUGUAGAGCUGAUAGCAUGUGUAACGGGACAGUUACAGGAGCAGCGGCGACACGUUAGGCUUGUGCUUGGACAGCCUGGACUUGAAUUCACCACUGUCAUGGGUGUAGAGUUUCUUGUUGAGGUGAGAAACUCGAAUAUAGCCUUAGUGCCAAAGGACUGGGUCAAGAUCAACAGUACAAAGGCUGUGAGUCGGUUCCACUCACCAGAGAUUGUAUCCCUGUACAAGGAGCUGCAGCAAGCACGAGAGCAGCGGGACAUUGAGGCUGGCGUUGCCUGGACCUGUUUCCUAGGUGAGUUUUCCAGUAGAUACCAGCGUUACAAGCAGGCUGUGCGGUGUGUGGCGGAGGUGGACUGUCUGUUGUCCCUGGCUGUGCUGGCACUCCAAGACAGCUACUGCAAGCCUAUUAUACUGGAGGACAGGAGAUGUCUUGAUAUAAAUGGCGGUAGACACCCAGUGGUCAGUCAGCUGGUUACAGAUGCACAGUAUGUCUCCAAUGACACAAAAUUAUCGUCAGAUAGGGAGAAAGUGAUGUUGAUAACUGGCCCGAACAUGGGAGGGAAGAGCUGCUACAUCAAGCAGGUGGCCCUCAUUGCCUUGCUCGGCCAGAUAGGCUCUUACGUGCCGGCCAAGUCUGCUACACUUGGCAUCCUUGAUGGCAUAUACACCAGAAUGGGCGCUGCAGAUCACAUAUUUCGUGGUCAAAGUACCUUCAUGGUGGAGGUCGAGGAGACCUCAUCGAUCAUUGAGCGAGCAACAUCCCGGUCUCUUGUCAUCUUGGAUGAGCUCGGAAGGGGAACCAGCACACACGAUGGUGUUGCCAUCGCACAUGCCACACUGCACUACUUUGUUAAGGAGGUGGACUGUUUUACAUUGUUCGUUACACACUACCCCAUCCUGGCAGAGCUGGAGGACAAGUUCCCUGGAAGGGUGUCAAACUAUCAUAUGUCCUUCUUCGUUCACGAAGAAAGCACCACCAAAGAUGAAUCCAGAGAGGUUAUAACAUUUCUGUACCAGCUUGUCCGUGGUAUGGCUUCACGCAGCUAUGGUCUCAAUGUAGCUCGCUUGGCUGGUACCCCACAGUCCAUUAUUGCCAUGGCAACAAGCCAGUCACAUGAUAUGGAAGACAGGGAGAUACAACACCGGAAAAGUCACUCUCUGUUUCGACAGUUGAUGCUGGGAAAAGCAGAUGUUCGGAAAAUAAUUGCAGCAUUUGAAAGUCCUGCAUGAUUGUGAAAAGUAUAACAAACAUUUGUGUGUGUGUGAUUUAAGUGGAACUACCAGCAAAUAUGAACACCCAAUAUAUAUGUUAAUUAAUUUUUGAGACUAUUAGUAGUUUGUAAUUAUUUUACAUGAUUUGCAAGUGUUUUUUCGGCAGAUAUCAAACAAGCUUGUUUAAAAGAUGCCUAUAAUCAUAACUAGAUCGCUCUACCUUAAUAUUAUUCUAAAAUGUAAGUAACAAACUACAAAUGUUUCUUUCACCUUAACCAGAUGGCAUUGGGCUUAAACGUUAGGUAUUUUAUGUCAUCGUGUUGUUGCCUACUUUUUUUUUGGCAAUGUCCAAGAGUCUUAUUUGAUUAUUUCUUAGAUAUGAUGGUCAGAAGGAAGUGUUUUUAAUUGACAAAAAUAAAUUUUUUGUCAAUUAUUGUUUUGAUAUAGUUUAUCAAUGUUAGAGAAGACAUAACUUGUGUUGAUUUUUUGUAAUAAAUGUAA